AUGUCCCACGCCUUGGGGUUCGCCCCAUCCCCUCCUUCCCUCCUGGCAGUCUACAUCAUUCGUGUCACGUGGUCCAGCAGCUCCGCAGAGGUCCUUUACCAGCGCUACAGGAAGUUCUUUGACCUGCAGGCUGGGGCCUCCACCAUAAUGCGCGAGGUGAUGUCCACCAUCUGUGGAGAUGUCAUGAGUGGCUCGCUGCUGGGCCCAGAAGGGGCAGGUGGGGACCAGGAACUUCUCAAGUUGAUGAUGUUCUCCGAGAUGAAGAGCAUGCUGGAGACAAUGCGCCAGGCGAAGGACAAUCUGGCCACUGCACAACGGCGGCUGUGCGAGCUGAGACAUGAGAAAGACUCCCUGAAGCAGCAGCUCAGCAUCCUGCUGCCCCAGGAGUUACAGGCUCUGACCAAGGAGUUGAUAACGUGUCAGAAGCAUUUGCUGGAGAGGGAAGAAGAGAUUGCAGAGCUGAAGGCUGAGCGGAACAAUAUGAGGCUGCUGUUGGAACACCUGAAGUAUAUGGUUUCCAGGCAUGAAAGAUCUCUACGCAGGACCGUUGUCAAACACCAACCCAAGUCCUCUGGCGGUGUCUCCUCCAACAUGGAAAUGAUUACAACUCUGAAAAUCCUCUUCCAUCAUCACAAAGUCCUCCAGGAGAAGACCCUUGCAAAUGCUUUGGGUCCUGUCGAGGACACCAAUGGGUGCAUAGCCGAGCUGCAGGAGGCCCUGGAGCAGCAGAGAGCAGAAGUAUGCCAGCUGCGGGAGGGCCAGGCAUUGCUGGACGGGCAGGUGGGCCAGCUGGAGCAGGAACUGGCCACUGCUCACCACCAGCUGAAUGAGACCAAAGAAGCCAACCGCAAGCUGCAGCAGGAGCUCAAGGAGAAUGAAGAGAAGAGGCGACAGCUGGAAGAAUGGCUGGAAGAUUCUAAGCUGAAACUGCAGCAGAUGCUGCAGAAGGCAGCGCCCUUGCCUGAGGCUGAGGCUCAGCUGGCACAGGGAGCAGAGGCUCUGCACAAGAAUCCUGUCCCCACGGUGGAAGCUGGGGUUCCACCAGGACAGGGCCCAACCAUAACAGAAGACACCCCUCCACCCACUCCCUGCUUUGCUCAUCUUCAUGGAAAGACCCAGGCCUUGGCACUGCAGGAAGAGUCCCUGGACGAUGCGGGACCCUCCUGUGAAAGGAAGGGAACCCCAGAUGCCCUCCACAAAGGCCCCAUCAAGAAGGACAUGAAAACUUACCUCAGCAACCUCUUUGGAAAGAAAACAGGCAGGAUGUGA